AUGCAGAACGUCGCGAGCUGGCUCCUAGCCCUGGUGGUCGCGGUGGUGCAGGGUGAACUGCUUCCAGGGAAGUCAGCGCCUGCUCUUCUCUGGUCGUAUAAACUGUCCGAGGGAAUACAAGAGUACCAGUUGGCAUACAACAUGACCACGGUACUGCCUGCCCCAGAGUUCAACGCGAUAGCGCUCGAAUUGCUCGACCAUUGCAACUCGCAUGCAUAUGUGUUUGUCAACCAGCCCGGACUGAGACUCGAGGACUUCGACUACGAAGACGCAUGGACGGUGCUGCCAAAUUAUCUCAGCAGGAGCUCCAGUGCGCUGCGGUUUGAGCAGGUCGAGGUCUCGCCCUCCAAUGUCUUUGAGAACCUCAUUGCACACACCAAGCGCCGCUGCGACGUGCAGAGAGAGAUAAUCUUGCGUGCAGAGCAAACCAACCAAUUCGAGCCCUACAUCGAUGCACAGUCGCGCAUCAUACAGGUGCACUUCUCGCCGCUCCCGGGCGAUGGUCGGAACGAGCGCCCCUCACGGGAAGACGUACUUGCGGACCACGACCAGCGCUUGCGCAGAAUACUGGGCAGGCUCCCGUCACCGGCGGUCACCGUUAUCUACACGAGCCUCGAGCCCGCGGAUCGCUUAAGCGCCUCCCCACCGCGGGCCGGUAUUUUCCCGGAGAUCUUUGAGCACGAAUCGCGCAGAAUCGAGUACGAGCGGAACGACCGCGACCUGCAGGUGAACCGUUACUUCCCGUCGCACCACCCCAAGAUGGAGCCCAUCGAGGAGGUCGAGCUGAGCCUGCUGGACCCCAAAUUUAUCCAGAGCAAUCUAAAGCUGCUCAAGUUAAUAGCCGUUUCUGCCAUAGGGUCUUUGACAUGGCAGCUGUACUCGUUGUUCAGUCCGAAGCUGCCCGUCGCGACCCCGAAGGGUACCGCAAAGCGGCAGAAAGGCCAAAAGAAAUUGGUUAAGCUAGCCACUGCCCAGGCGGCCAAACAGGCUGAGGAGGUUAAGCUUGAAGUCUCCCAACAGGAGAAGGAGGACUAG